AUGCGGCUGUUACAACUUGACAGCAAUGGCCAGUAUAGCCUUACAGCAGACCUCCCUUGCAAGGACAUACCUCCUUACGCAAUCCUCUCUCAUACAUGGGGAUCAGAGGAGGUAGUCUUCACAGACCUGUCAAAGCCACCACAUGACUGGCAGAAUAAGUCUGGCUUUGACAAGAUCAGGUUCUGCGCCGAGCAAGCAAAACGAGACGGGCUACAGUAUUUCUGGGUUGAUACCUGCUGCAUCGACAAAUCUGACAGCAUCGUGGUUCAAACGGCGAUCAACAGUAUGUUCCGUUGGUAUCGCGAUGCAGAGCGAUGCUAUGUCUACCUAUCCGAUGUCUCCAACACCGAAACAUCCACGUUGCCCCACGAGUCUCAAGCAUUAGAGAAAUCAUUUCGAGACAGCAAAUGGUUUAGUCGUGGAUGGACGUUGCAGGAGCUUGUCGCUCCAAAGACGGUUGUGUUCUACUCGAAAGAAGGCAUUCGGCUUGGCGAUAAGCGGUCGUUGGAGUUUUUGAUCCGUGACAUCACAGGCAUACCCGCAAAUGCUCUUCGCGGCACUCCGUUAUCCGAUUUUACAGUGUCAGAUAGAGAGGUCUGGGCUCGCAAUCGUCAGACCACACUCGAAGAGGAUAUGGCAUACUGUCUCCUUGGCAUAUUCGAUGUCUUUAUGCCAUUGAUUUACGGUGAGGGACGAGAGAGGGCACAGCAGCGGCUGCGAGAAGAGACUCGGAAAGUCAUCCAAGGAAACCCCACGAGUAACUUCUCCGUAUCGUUUAGCCUGUCCGAGGUUCCCGAGACGCAGCAAUUUGUCGCAAGAAAAGAGGAAUUGGCGGAGAUGCGCAGAGCACUCAGUUCAGAUGGGAGCCGCCGCAUCGUUUCUCUGCACGGUCUCGGCGGCAUCGGCAAAACGCAACUCACUGUUGCUUACGCAAAGCAGUACCGAGAUGAGUACUCUGCUAUAUUCUGGUUCAAUAUCAAGGAUGAGACAUCUAUCCGACAAAGCUUUGCCAAGGUCGCAAAACAGAUUUUGCAACAGCACCCGGAUGCCAGUCAUCUUGGCUCACUAGACUUGGAACGAAACGAUAGUGAGAUCGUCGAAGCGGUCAAGGCAUGGUUGAGCCUGCCAAACAACACUAGGUGGCUUGUUGUAUACGACAACUACGACAACCCGAAGCUGCCAAACUCCACGGACACCACAGGAAUCGACAUUCGACGCUUUUUCCCGGUGGCGUACCAAGGCUCGAUAGUCAUUACGACGCGAUUGUCACAAGUUGAUAUUGGCUAUCGUAUUCGAAUCAAGAAGCUUGAGGACAUGGAUGACAGUCUGAUGAUCUUGUUGGCAACCUCUGGGCGGAGCAAUCUUGGACUAGACACGGAUGCGAGAAGGCUUAUUGAUAAGCUUGAUGGACUUCCUCUAGCACUAGCUACAGCAGGAGCAUACCUCAGGCAUGUCCCAAUAAGCUUGGGUGACUACCUACGGCAUUACGAGAAAUCAUGGACGAGGCUUCAUGCAGACACUCCUAGUCUGGGUUCAUACCAAGACCGGACACUCAGCUCUACAUGGCAAAUCUCCUACGAGCGCGUCAAAGCACAAAAUCCACUCGCGGCUCAAUUAAUUCGGUGGUGGGCCUACUUUGAUAACGAAGACAUAUGGUUCGAACUUUUCCAAGACUCUCGUGAUGACGAUCCAGCGUGGAGGCAAGAGCUGAAUGAUGAGCUCAAUUUCAAUCGUUCGAUGGGUAUACUGCAUAACUACGGAUUUGUGGAGCCACACUCUCUGAUCUCAGAUUAUCCAGAAUCGAGCGGAUAUAGUAUUCACAGCUGCCUACACAGCUGGUCCAUUCACGUGUUGAAUCACAGCUGGGAUCACGAGCUAGGCAAACUUGCUUUAGAAUGUGUAGCUUCACGCGUUACCUCGAGAUACGACGAUCGGUUCUGGGUGCUCCAGAGGAGGCUUCUCUCACAUGCAGACAAGUCUUGCGCUAAUAUCGAUAUUCGCGAUAAAGACUUGAACUGGGCUUUCUAUAACCUGGGGAAACUUUACUUCGACCAAGGCAAGAUGAAAGAGGCUGAAAAGCUGAACUUGUGGGCGCUCGAAGGGUAUCAAAAGGUUUGGGGACCGGAUUAUACGGACACACUAGAUGCAGUUCAUAACUUAGGUCUUCUUUACACCAACCAAGGCAAGCUGCAAGAAGCCGAAAAAGUAUAUUUACGGGCGCUCGAAGGGUAUCAAAAAGCAUGGGGGCCAGAUUACGCAUCGACACUAGAAACGGUCAAUAACCUGGGUUCGCUUUAUAGCUUUCAAGGAAAGCUGCAAAAAGCCGAGGAAAUGUAUCUGCGGGCGCUUCAAGGGAAGGAAAAAGCGUUGGGACCGGAUCAUACAUCGACACUGGAUACGGUCAAUAAUCUAGGCUCACUUUAUGCCGACCAAGGCAAGCUACAAGAAGCAGAGGAAUUAUAUUUGCGGGCGCUUAAAGGGAAGGAAAAGGCAUACGGACCGGAUCACACAUCGACACUAGAAACGGUCAGUAACCUAGGUGCACUUUCCUCUAAGCAAGGCAAGCUACAAAAAGCCGAAAAAAUGUACCUGCGGGCGCUUAAAGGGAAGGAAAGGGCGUGGGGACCGGAUCAUAUGUCGACACUUUCUACGGUUAAUAACCUAGGGAACCUUUACGCCAAGCAAGGCAAGAUACAAAUGGCCAAAGAGAUGUAUUUGCGGGCAUAUAAAGGGAAAGAAAAGGCGUUAGGACCGGACCACACGUCGACGCUUUUUACGAUUUAUAACCUAGGUCUCCUUUACGCAAAGCAAGGCAAGAUGCAAAAAGCCGAAGAGAUGUAUUUGAAGGCGCUUCAAGGGUACGAGAAAGCAGUUGCUCCAGAGAUUUUGAUGACAUAUCGGCCGGCAAUCAACGUCACGUGGAACUUGGGAAGACUCUUCCGGACCCAAAGUAAGCUAGUUGAAGCCAAACAAUUCUGCACCCGAGCUCUUGUUGGCUUAGAACAGUGUUAUGGGACGUCGCAUCCUGAAGUCCUCUCAUGGAGGGAAUUUGUCGGAGACCUAGGUAAGGCGUUGUCUACUGAAUCGUUAGCUGCCGACUCGGUCGACAGAAAUCUAUCAGUAGUGCGGAAGGAUGAUGGUACAUCACUGCCAAGUGCUUCUAGAAAGAAGCAACGGGGAUCUUUAUUGUGA